CUAGAGCACGAGAAGUAUUUAAAAUAGAUCACAUCCUAAAGUUGGAGGGCUACAAAGUACAAGUCGUCCAGGCUAGUCCGCAGAGACUGUUCGUGCUUCCGCCCUGCAACAACCCGGCAGGCGACACGUCGCGACGAAUUUCAGCUGCAGAAGAGGAAGAGCAUCACCUGCAGUUCGAGGCGUGGGAAACGCGGCCGGAGGGGGGCUUGCGAGAAAGCCAGCCGGAGAGGUGCGCGCCGCGGGGCCGCCCCGGCGCCGAGUGCGAGGAACGCCGGCGCUUGGCGGAGCCCGGGAGACGCGGCGGGGUGGAGAGGGGCAGACGCUUCACUGUCGGGACCGCAGCGGCCGCAGAGACCACUGCGGCAGGAGAGCCGGCCGAGCUUCCGAGCUCGCGGCCGCUACUGUCCAGGAGGCGGACCCCGCGGGAGAAUCCCGUCCAGGCGGCGGGGCUGGGGGCUAGGCGGGGCGCUGACGUCACCUCCCCUCCCCCACCUCCUCCAGGCGGGAGGGAGUGGGGAAAGAGGCAGUGAUCCGCCACAGCUCACGGCCGCAACUCCUAAACUCGGCGUAUCGCUGCCCGGACAUGUCCUGACAAACUUGGUUUCUCUUCGGCCCUCUCUCUAGCCCUCGCGCACUCUCAUUUCGCCUCCUUUUGCUGCUCAAGUUUCCCCCAGGACGGAAGCCUCCGGAGAUGCGGCCACCUGGGCGGCGCGGGCGGAUCGCACUCUCGUUGGCGACAUGCUGAAGAUCCGAGGGAAGCGAAGUUGGUACUUCAUACACGGCUUGUAACAAAUAUCCAAAUCGCGUGGCGAUUACGGACCUGCCGGGACUUUAAAGCAGAACACCGAGGACUCGGCUGGACGGGUUCCUGGGAGUUAAGCGAUGGGGAGGCAUUUGGCCUCGCUUCUGCUUUUGCUCCUCCUCCAGCAUUUUGGAGACAGUGAUGGAAGCCAAGCACUUGAACAAACUCCUGUACAGUUCACACAUUUCCAGUACAAUGUCACAGUGCAUGAAAAUUCUGCAGCGAAGACCUAUGUUGGGCAUCCCGUAAAGAUGGGUAUUUACAUUACAAAUCCAUUGUGGGAGUUAAGGUACAAAAUUGUCUCAGGAGACAAUGAAAACCUAUUCAAAGCUGAAGAGUACAUUCUUGGAGACUUUUGCUUUCUGAGAAUAAGGACCAAAGGAGGAAAUACAGCUAUUCUUAAUAGAGAAGUGAAAGACCAUUACACAUUGAUAGUCAAAGCAGUUGAAAAAAAUACUAAUGUGGAAGCACGAACAAAGGUCAGGGUACAAGUGCUGGAUACAAAUGACUUGAGGCCAUUAUUCUCACCCACCUCGUACAGUGUUUCUUUACCUGAAAACACAGCCCUGAGGACCAGUAUUGCAAGAGUCAGUGCCACGGAUGCAGACAUAGGCACCAAUGGAGAAUUUUACUACAGUUUUAAAGAUCGAACAGACAUGUUUGCUAUCCACCCCACCAGUGGCACCAUAGUUUUAACUGGUAGACUUGACUACACAGAGACCAAGUUCUAUGAGAUGGAAAUUCUUGCUGUGGACCGUGGCAUGAAAUUGUACGGGAGCAGUGGUAUCAGCAGCAUGGCUAAGCUGACAGUUCACGUAGAGCAGGCCAACGAGUGUGCUCCUGUGAUAACAGCAGUGACGUUAUCACCAUCGGAAUUGGAGAAGGACCCAACGUAUGCCAUCAUAACCGUGGAUGACUGCGAUCAGGGUGCCAAUGGGGAAGUCGCUUCUUUAAGCAUUGUGGCAGGAGACCUCCUUCAGCAGUUUAGAACAGUGAGGACCUCUCCAGGGAGCAAAGAGUAUAAACUCAAAGCAGUCGGUGACAUUGAUUGGGACAGUCAUCCUUUCGGCUACAACCUGACACUACAGGCGAAAGAUAAAGGAAGUCCUCCCCAGUUCUCUUCUGUAAAAGUAAUUCAGGUGACUUCACCACGGUUCAAAGCUGGGCCAGUCAAGUUUGAAAAGGAGGUUUACAGAGCAGAAAUAAGUGAAUUUGCUCCUCCCAGCACACCCGUGGUCAUGGUGAAAGCCACACCUAGCUAUUCUCAUUUGAAGUAUGUUUUUAAAAAUACACCUGGAAAAGCUAAAUUCAGUUUAAAUCACAACACUGGUCUCAUUUCCAUUUUAGAACCAAUUAAAAGACAGCAAGCCUCCCAUUUUGAACUUGAAGUAACAACAAGUGACAGAAAAGCCUCGACCAAAGUCUUGGUUAAAGUCUUGAGUGCAAAUAGCCAUCCCCCUGAAUUUACCCAGACAGCCUACAAAGCAUCUUUUGACGAGAACGUGCCCAUUGGUACUACGGUGAUGAGUGUGAGUGCUGUGGACCCUGAUGAGGGUGAGAACGGGUAUGUGACUUACAGCAUUGCAAAUUUGAAUCACGUGCCGUUUGUGAUUAACCAUUUCACCGGUGCUGUGAGUACUUCAGAGAACUUGGACUACGAGCUGAUGCCACGGGUUUAUACUCUAAGGAUUCGGGCAUCAGACUGGGGCUUGCCGUACCGCCGGGAGGUUGAAAUCCUUGCUACCCUCACUCUCAAUAACUUGAAUGACAACACACCCCUGUUUGAGAAGAUAAACUGUGAAGGAACAAUUCCCAGGGACCUAGGUGUAGGGGAGCAGAUAACCACUGUUUCUGCCAUUGACGCGGAUGAACUGCAGUUGGUGCGGUAUCAGACUGAAGCUGGGAAUGAACUGGAUUUGUUCAGCUUAAACCCCAGCUCCGGGGUAUUGUCAUUAAAGCAGUCGCUCAUGAACGGUUUAGGGGCAAAGGUGUCAUUUCACAGUCUGAGAAUUACAGCUACAGAUGGAGAGAAUUUUGCCACACCAUUAUAUAUCAACAUAACCGUGGCUGCCCUUCGCAAGCCAGUAAACUUGCACUGCGAGGAGACUGGUGUGGCCAGGAUGCUGGCAGAGAAACUCCUGCAGGCCAAUAAGUUACACAGUCAGGGAGAGGUUGAGGAUGUCUUCUUUGAUUCUCACUCUGUCAAUGCUCACACACCACAGUUUAGAAGUACUCUUCCAGCUGGUAUUGAGGUGAAGGAAAAUCAUCCUGUGGGUUCCAGCAUAAUUUUCAUGAAUGCUACUGACCUGGACACUGGCUUCAACGGAAAACUGGUCUAUGCUAUUUCUGGAGGAAAUGAGGAUAGUUGCUUCAUUAUUGACAUGGAAACAGGAAUGCUCAAAAUUUUAUCUCCGCUUGACCGUGAAACAACAGACAGAUAUACCCUGAAUGUUACGGUGUCUGACCUCGGUCUGCCACAGAAGGCUGCUUGGCGUCUUCUGGAGAUCAGAGUUCUGGAUGCCAAUGAUAACCCACCUGAGUUUUUACAGGAGAACUAUUUCGUUGAAGUGAGUGAAGACAAAGAGAUAAAUAGUGAAAUCAUCCAGGUUGAAGCCACAGAUAAAGAUCUGGGGCCCAAUGGACAUGUGACGUACUCUAUUCUUACAGACACAGAUAAAUUUUCAAUUGACAGCAUGACUGGAGUGGUUAAAAUCGUGAACCCCUUGGAUCGUGAAGAACAGCACGUGCAUUACGUAAAGAUUGAAGCCAGGGAUCAAGCCAGAGAAGAACCGCAGCUGCUUUCCACGGUGCUUCUGAAGGUGUCAUUAGAGGAUGUUAAUGACAACCCACCCAAGUUUAUUCCCCCUAAUUACCGUGUGAAAGUUCGAGAGGACCUUCCAGAAGGAACCAUAAUCAUGUGGUUAGAGACCUAUGAUCCUGAUUUAAGUCAGUCUAGUCAGGUGAGAUACAGUCUUAUGGACCACGGAGAAGGAAACUUUGAUGUGGAUAAGCUCAGUGGAGCAGUUAGAAUCGUACAGCAGUUGGACUUUGAGAAGAAGCAAGUGUAUAAUCUCACUGUGAGGGCCAAAGACAAAGGGAAGCCCAUUUCUCUGUCUUCCACUUGCUACAUUGAAGUUGAAGUCAUCGAUGUGAAUGAGAACUUACACCCACCAGUGUUUCCUAGCUUUGUGGAAAAGGGUGUAGUGAAAGAAAAUGUCCCUGUUGGUUCAUCAGUGAUGAAGGUAUCAGCUCAUGAUGAGGACACAGGAAGAGAUGGGGAGAUCCACUAUUCCAUUCGAGAUGGUUCUGGUGUUGGUGUUUUCAAAAUAGAUGAAGAAACAGGUGUUAUAGAGACUUCAGGUCGACUGGACCGCGAGUCCACUUCCCAUUACUGGCUGACAGUCUACGCAUCUGAUCAGGGCGUCGUGCCCCUUUCCUCCUUUGUAGAGGUCUAUAUAGAGCUGGAGGAUGUGAACGACAAUGCACCGCAGACUUCAGAGCCUGUUUAUUAUCCGGAAAUAAUGGAAAACUCUCCCAAGGAUGUGUCUGUGGUCCAGAUUGAGGCAUUUGAUCCAGAUUCUAGCUCUGAUGACAAGCUGACAUACAAAAUUACAAGCGGAAAUCCACAAGGAUUUUUUUCAAUAAAUCCUAAGACAGGUCUCAUCACGACUACAUCCAGGAAACUAGACCGCGAGCAGCAAGGUGAACACAUAUUAGAAGUUACAGUGACAGACAAUGGUAGUCCCCCCAAGUCAACCAUUGCAAGAGUAAUUGUGAAGAUCCUUGACGAAAAUGACAACAAGCCUCAGUUCCUGCAGAAGUUCUACAAAAUCAGACUCCCAGAGCGGGAAAAACCAGAACGAGAAAGAAACACCAAGCGCGAGCCUUUAUAUCGUGUUAUAGCUACAGACAAAGAUGAAGGUCCCAAUGCAGAAAUCUCCUAUAGCAUUGAAGAGGGAAAUGAACAUGGCAAAUUUUUUAUUGAGCCAAAAACUGGAGUGGUUUUGUCUAAGAAGUUUUCUGGAGCUGGAGAAUAUGAUAUUCUUUCAAUUAAGGCAGUUGAUAAUGGUCGCCCCCAAAAGUCAUCAACCACUCGACUCCAUAUUGAAUGGAUCUCCAAACCCAAACCGUCCCCGGAGCCAAUUUCAUUUGAAGAAUCAUUUUUUACCUUUACUGUAAUGGAAAGCGAUCCAGUUGCUCACAUGAUUGGAGUAAUAGCUGUUGAGCCUCCAGGCAUACCUCUUUGGUUUGACAUCAUUGGUGGCAACUAUGAUAGUCACUUUGAUGUGGACAAGGGCACUGGAACCAUCAUUAUUGCCAAACCUCUUGAUGCAGAACAAAAAUCAAACUACAAUCUCACAGUCGAGGCUACAGAUGGAACCACCACUAUACUGACUCAGGUAUUCAUCAAAGUAAUAGACACAAAUGACCAUCGUCCUCAGUUUUCUACAUCAAAAUAUGAAGUUGUUAUUCCUGAAGACACAGCACCAGAAACAGAAAUUUUGCAAAUCAGUGCUGUGGAUAAAGAUGAAAAAAACAAACUAAUCUACACUCUGCAGAGCAGUAUCGAUCCAUUGAGUCUCAAGAAAUUUCGCCUUGAUCCUGCAACUGGCUCUCUCUAUACGGCAGAAAAACUUGAUCAUGAAGCCAUUCAGCAGCAUGUUCUCACAGUCAUGGUACGAGAUCAAGAUGUCCCUGUAAAGCGCAACUUUGCACGGAUUGUUGUCAAUGUCAGCGACACGAAUGACCACGCCCCCUGGUUCACGAGCUCCUCCUACAAAGGGCGGGUUUAUGAAUCAGCAGCUGUCGGCUCAGUUGUGUUGCAGGUUACAGCUCUGGACAAGGACAAAGGGAAAAAUGCUGAAGUGCUGUACUCUAUCGAAUCAGGAAACAUUGGAAAUUCUUUUACAAUUGAUCCCAUCUUGGGCUCUAUAAAAACUGCCAAAGAAUUAGAUCGAAGUAACCAAGUGGAAUAUGACUUAAUGGUAAAAGCUAUAGAUAAAGGCAACCCACCAAUGAGUGAAAUCACUUCUGUGUGUAUCUUUGUCACCAUCUCUGACAACGCCUCUCCCAAGUUUACAUCAAAAGAGUAUUCUGUUGAAAUUAGUGAAACUAUCAGCAUUGGGAGUUUCGUCGGAAUGGUUACAGCCCAUAGUCAGUCAUCCGUGGUAUAUGAAAUAAAAGAUGGAAAUAUAGCUGAUGCCUUUGAUAUUAAUCCCCAUUCCGGAAGUAUCAUCACUCAGAAAGCUUUGGAUUUUGAAACUUUGCCCAUUUAUACAUUGACAAUACAAGGAACUAACAUGGCUGGUUUGUCUACGAAUACAACCGUUCUAGUGCAUCUGCAGGAUGAAAAUGACAACUUGCCAGUUUUUACGCAGGCAGAAUAUACGGGGCUCAUUAGCGAAUCAGCUUCAAUUCACAGUGUGGUCCUAACAGACAGGAAUGUCCCAUUGGUUAUUCGAGCCACUGAUGCUGAUAAAGAAUCAAAUGCUUUGCUUGUUUAUCACAUUGUUGAACCAGCUAUACACAAAUAUUUUACUGUUGAUUCCAGCACUGGUGCUAUUCACACAGUACUAAGUUUGGACUAUGAACAAACAAGUACUUUUCACUUCACUGUACAAGUUCAUGACAUGGGAACACCAUGUUUAUUUGCUGAAUAUGCAGCCAACGUGACUAUCCAUGUUAUUGACAUUAAUGACUGCCCUCCUGUGUUCUCCACAUCAUUGUAUGAAGCAUCUCUUUUGUUGCCAACAUACAAAGGAGUCAAGGUCAUUACAGUAAAUGCUACAGAUGCUGAUUCAAGCGCACUGUCACAGUUAAUAUACUCCAUCACCGAAGGCAACAUCGGGGAGAAGUUCUUAAUGGACCACAAGACUGGUACUAUAACUGUACAAAACACAACUCAGUUGAGGAGCCGCUAUGAGUUAACUGUCAGGGCCUCUGAUGGCAGAUUUGCAAGCUUAACCUCUGUGAAAAUUAACGUGAAAGAAAGCAAAGAAAGUCAGCUGAAGUUUACCCAAGAUUUCUACUCUGUGGUAGUGAAAGAGAAUUCUACUGAAGCCAGAAGAUUAGCUGUCAUAACUGCUAUCGGGAAUCCAAUCAACGAGCCCCUGUUUUAUCACAUCCUCAACCCAGAUCGCAGAUUCAGAAUCAGCCGCACGUCCGGAGUUCUGUCGACCACUGGCAUACCGUUUGAUCGGGAACAGCAGGAGACCUUUGAUGUGGUAGUGGAAGUGACACAAGAACGCAAGCCUUCAGCGGUGGCCCGUGUCAUUGUAAAGGUCAUCGUCGAAGACCAGAAUGAUAAUGCACCGGUGUUUGUCAACCUGCCUUACUACGCCGUCGUUAAAGUAGAUACCGCCGUGGGCCAUGUUAUUCGCUACGUGACAGCCAUCGACAGAGACGGCGGCAGGAACGGGGAAGUGCACUACUACCUCAAGGAACACCACGAACACUUCCAAAUUGGAGCCUCAGGGGAGAUUUCACUGAAAAAACAGUUUGAACCUGACACCUUAAAUAAAGAAUAUCUUGUCACAGUGGUUGCAAAAGAUGGAGGAAACCCAGCUUUUUCGGCUGAAGUCAUGGUUCCCAUCACCGUUAUGAACAAAGCCAUGCCUGUGUUUGAAAAGCCUUUCUACAGCGCCGAGAUUCCAGAGAACGUCCAGAUGCACAGCCCCGUUGUCCACGUACAAGCCAACAGUCCAGAGGGCUUGAAAGUGUUCUAUAGCAUCACAGAUGGCGAUCCUUUCAGCCAGUUUACUAUUAACUUCAACACCGGAGUUAUCAAUGUCGUAGCGCCUCUGGACUUUGAGUCCCACCCAGCAUAUAAACUGAGCAUCCGAGCGACUGACUCCUUGACCGGUGCUCACGCCGAGGUCUUUGUGGACGUAAUCGUGGAAGACGUCAACGACAACCCUCCCGUGUUUGCCCAGCAGUCCUAUGCCACCACCCUGUCCGAGGCAUCUGUAAUUGGCACAUCCGUGGUUCAAGUCAGAGCAACAGAUUCUGACUCAGAACCAAACAGAGGGAUUUCAUACCAUAUGUUUGGGAAUCAUAGCAAGAGUCAUGAUCAUUUUCACAUAGACAGCAGCACUGGCCUCAUUUCCCUGGUUAGGACUUUGGAUUUUGAGCAGUUCCAGCAGCACAAGAUUUUUGUAAGGGCUGUUGAUGGCGGCAUGCCUCCUCUGAGCAGCGAAGUGGUUGUCACAGUGGAUGUCACCGACCUCAACGAUCACCCACCACUAUUUGACCAACAGAUUUAUGAAGCCAGAAUUAGCGAGCACGCUGCCCAUGGGCAUUUUGUGACCUGUGUCAAAGCCUAUGAUGCGGACAGUUCAGACAUAGACAAGUUGGAAUAUUCCAUUCUGUCCGGCAAUGAUCAUAAGAAUUUUGUCAUUGACAGCAGGACGGGGAUCAUCACGCUCUCCAACCUGCGCCGGCACGCCCUGAAGCCAUCGUACACCCUUCAGGUUUCUGUGUCUGACGGAGUUUUUAGGAGUUCAGCUCAGGUUCAUGUGAGCGUGAUUGGAGGCAAUUUGCACAGUCCCAUUUUUCUUCAGAACGAAUAUGAAGUGGAGCUUGCUGAAAAUGCUCCCUUGCACACCCUGGUGACCGAGGUUAAAGCAACUGAUGGGGAUUCGGGUAUUUACGGUCACGUUACCUACCAUAUUGUAAAUGACUUUGCCAAAGACAGGUUUUACACAAAUGAGAGAGGACAGAUCUUUACUUUAGAAAAACUUGAUCGAGAAACCCCAGUGGAAAAAGUAAUCCCAGUUCGUUUCAUGGCCAAGGACACUGGUGGAAAAGUUGCUUUCUGCACCAUUAACGUCAUCCUUACAGAUGACAACGAUAAUGCACCACAGUUUCGAGCAACCAAGUUUGAGGUGAAUGUUGGAUCCAGUGCUCCCAAAGGGACGUCGGUCAUCAAAGUCCUUGCCAGUGACGCUGAUGAGGGAUCCAAUGCCGACAUCACCUAUGCCAUUGAAGCAGAUUCUGAAGGCGUUAAAGAGAAUUUGGAAAUUAACAGACUGUCUGGCAUAAUAACUACAAAAGAAAGCUUAAUUGGCUUGGAAAACGAGGUCUUCACUUUCUUUGUCAGAGCUGUGGAUAAUGGGUCUCCACCCAAAGAAUCUGUUGUUCCCGUCUACGUUAAGGUACUUCCACCAGAAAUGCGGCUUCCAAGGUUUUCAGAACCAUUUUACACCUAUACAGUUUCGGAAGACGUUCCUAUUGGAACAGAAAUAGAUCUCAUUCGAGCAGAGCAUAGCGAGACUGUCCUUUACAGCCUAGUCAAAGGGAAUACUCCAGAGAGCAACAGAGAUGAGUUCUUUGUGAUCGACAGACAGAGUGGGAGACUGAAACUGGAGAAGGGUCUGGACCAUGAGACAACUAAGUGGUACCAGUUUUCCGUACUUGCCAGGUGCACUCACGAUGACUAUGAGGUGGUGGCUUCUGUAGAUGUUAGUAUCCAAGUGAAAGAUGCAAAUGAUAACAGCCCUGUCUUGGAGUCUAGUCCAUAUGAGGCAUUUACUGUUGAAAACCUGCCAGGGGGAAGCAGAGUCAUCCAGAUCAGGGCGUCUGAUCUAGAUUCAGGAACCAAUGGCCAAGUUAUGUAUAGUCUAGAUCAGUCACAAAGUGUAGAAGUCAUCGAAUCUUUCACCAUUAACAUGGAAACAGGAUGGAUUACAACCCUAAAGGAACUUGACCACGAAGAGAGAGACAGUUAUCAGAUUAAGGUGGUUGCAUCAGAUCAUGGUGAAAAGGUUCAGCUCUCCUCCACAGCCAUUGUGGAUGUUACUGUCGCCGAUGUCAACGAUAGUCCCCCACGGUUCACAGCAGAGAUUUAUAAAGGGACUGUGAGUGAAGAUGAUCCACCAGGGGGCGUAAUUGCCAUCCUGAGUACCACGGAUGCUGAUUCUGAAGAGAUCAACAGACAAGUUACAUAUUACAUAACAGGAGGGGAUCCUUUGGGGCAGUUUGCUAUUGAAAAUAUACAGAAUGAAUGGAAGGUCUAUGUGAAGAAACCUCUAGAUAGGGAAAAAAGGGACAAUUAUCUUCUGACUAUCACAGCAACUGAUGGGACCUUCUCAUCAAAAGCUAUAGUUGAAGUCAAAGUCCUUGAUGCAAACGACAACAGUCCCAUUUGUGAAAAGACUUUAUAUUCCGACACGAUUCCAGAAGAUGCCUUUCCUGGGAAAUUGAUCAUGCAGGUCUCUGCUACAGAUGCAGAUAUCCGUUCCAAUGCCGAAAUUACUUACACAUUAUUUGGUCCAGGUGCAGAAAAAUUCAAACUAAAUCCAGACACAGGUGAACUGAAAACAUUAGCCCCCCUUGACCGCGAGGACCAGGCAACCUAUAAUCUGCUGGUCAAGGCCACGGAUGGAGGGGGAAGAUUCUGUCAAGCUGAUAUUGUGCUCACGUUAGAGGAUGUGAAUGAUAACGCCCCCGAAUUCUCUGCCGAUCCUUACACCAUCACCGUGUUUGAAAACACAGAGCCUGGCACGCUCCUGACAAGGGUACAGGCCACGGAUGUGGAUGCAGGACUGAAUCGGAAGGUAUCCUACUCACUGAUUAACUCUGCUGAUGGACAGUUCUCCAUUAAUGAAUUAUCUGGAAUCAUUCAGUUAGAAAAGCCUUUGGAUAGAGAACUACAGGCAGUAUAUACUCUAACUUUGAAAGCUGUAGAUCAUGGUUUGCCAAGAAGGUUGACAGCUACCGGCACUGUUGUUGUAUCCGUUUUGGAUAUAAAUGACAACCCACCCGUGUUUGAAUACCGUGAAUAUGGUGCCACAGUGUCUGAGGAUGUUCUCAUUGGAACAGAAGUUCUUCAAGUGUAUGCAGCAAGUAGGGACAUUGAAGCAAAUGCAGAAAUCACCUACUCGAUAAUAAGUGGAAACGAACAUGGGAAAUUCAGCAUAGAUUCUAAAACAGGGGCCAUAUUUAUCAUUGAGAAUCUGGACUAUGAAAGCUCUCAUGAGUAUUACCUGACGGUAGAAGCCACUGAUGGGGGCACACCUUCACUGAGUGAUGUUGCCACUGUGAACAUCAACGUAACAGACAUCAAUGACAACACCCCAGUGUUCAGCCAAGACACCUACACGGCAGUGAUCAGUGAAGAUGCUGUUCUUGAACAGUCUGUCAUUACAGUUAUGGCAGAUGAUGCCGACGGACCUUCAAACAGCCACAUCCGCUAUUCAAUUAUAGACGGCAAUCAGGGAAGUCCAUUUACAAUCGACCCUGCCAGGGGAGAAGUGAAAGUGACCAAACUUCUAGACCGGGAAACAAUUUCGGGUUACACGCUCACCGUGCAGGCCUCGGACAACGGCAGUCCACCCAGAGUCACCACGACCACUGUGAACAUAGACGUGUCUGAUGUCAACGACAACGCUCCCGUCUUCUCCAGAGGAAACUACAGCCUGAUCAUCCAGGAAAAUAAGCCCGUGGGGUUCAGCGUGCUGCAGCUGGCAGUGACGGACAGGGACUCCUCCCACAAUGGCCCUCCCUUCUUCUUCAGCAUUGUGAGUGGAAACAAGGAGGGGGCAUUUGAAGUCAACCAGCAGGGAGCCCUCCUGACGGCAGCUGCCAUAAAUAGGAAAGUGAACGAUCAUUACUUACUGCACAUUAAGGUGGCAGAUAACGGAAAGCCUCAGUUGUCAUCUUUGACAUACAUUGACAUCAGAGUCAUUGAAGAGAGCAUCUAUCCUCCUGCAAUUUUGCCACUAGAGAUUUUCAUUACUGCUUUUGGAGAGGAGUACUCAGGUGGUGUCAUCGGGAAGAUCCACGCGACGGACCAAGACGUGUAUGACACGUUAACCUACAGCCUCGAUCCCCAAAUGGGCAGCCUCUUCUCUGUCUCCAGCACGGGGGGCAAGCUGAUAGCCCACAAGAAGCUGGACGUAGGGCAGUACCUCCUCAAUGUCAGCGUAACGGAUGGGAAAUUUACCACCGCGGCUGAUGUCACGGUGCACAUCAGACAAGUGACGCAGGAGAUGUUGAACCAGACCGUGGCCGUCCGCUUUGCCAACCUCACCCCGGAAGAGUUCGUUGGGGACUAUUGGCGCAACUUCCAGCGAGCUUUGCGGAACAUCCUGGGUGUGAGGAGGAGUGACAUUCAGAUCGUUAGCUUGCAGCCCUCGGAGCCUCAUCCGCACCUGGACAUCUUGCUUUUUGUAGAGAGAUCAGGUAGCGCCCAGGUCUCACCAAAACAACUUCUGCACAAGAUUAAUUCUUCCGUGACGGAUAUUGAGGAGAUCAGUGGUGUGAGGAUAUUGGAUGUGUUCCAGAAGCUCUGUGCAGGGCUGGAUUGCCCCUGGAGAUUCUGCGAUGAAAAGGUGUCCGUGGAUGAAAGUGCGAUGUCAACGCAUAGCACGGCCAGACUGAGCUUUGUGACCCCGCGCCACCGUAGGACAGCUGUGUGUCUCUGCACAGGGGGAAAAUGCCCACUUGUCCAUCAUGGAUGUGAAGACAGUCCGUGCCCUGAAGGAUCUGAAUGUGUCACUGAUCCCAGAGAGGAGACAUACAGCUGCGUCUGUCCAGGUGGCAAGUUUGGCCAGUGCCCAGGGAGUUCAUCCGUAACAUUUACUGGAAACAGCUUUGUGAAAUAUCGUCUAAUGGAAAAUGAAAACAAGUUAGAGAUGAAACUGACCAUGAGGCUGCGAACAUACUCUACCCACGCGGUUGUCAUGUACGCUCGCGGGACUGACUACAGCAUCUUGGAGAUCCACAACGGAAGGCUGCAGUACAAAUUCGACUGUGGAAGCGGCCCAGGCAUCGUCUCUGUCCAGAGCAUCCAGGUCAACGAUGGGCUGUGGCAUGCGGUGUCUCUUGAAGUGAAUGGAAACUAUGCCAGGUUGGUUCUAGACCAAGUCCACACCGCAUCAGGCACAGCCCCGGGGACACUGAAAACCCUCAACCUGGAUAGCCAUGUGUUUUUUGGUGGCCACAUCCGUCAGCAGGGCUCACGGCAUGGAAGAAGCCCCCAGAUUGGCAGUGGUUUCAGGGGUUGUAUGGACUCCAUUUAUCUGAAUGGGCAGGAACUCCCUUUAAAUAACAAACCAAGGAGCUACGCACACAUUGAAGAAUCGGUGGACGUGUCUCCUGGGUGCUUGUUAACAGCUACGGAAGACUGCUCGAGCAGCCCAUGCCAGAACGGAGGCGCCUGCCACCCCUCACCCACUGGAGGUUAUUACUGCAAAUGCAGUGCCUUGUACAUAGGGACCUAUUGUGAGGUGGGCAUCAAUCCGUGUUCCUCCAACCCCUGCCUGUACGGUGGCACCUGCAUUGUGGACAAUGGAGACUUCCUUUGUCAAUGUAGAGGAUUAUAUACUGGUCAGAGGUGCCAGCUUAGUCCCUACUGCAAAGAUGAACCCUGUAAAAAUGGUGGAACAUGUUUUGACAGUUUGGAUGGUGCUGUCUGUCAGUGUGACUUGGGUUUUAGGGGAGAAAGGUGUCAGAGUGACAUUGACGAAUGUGCUGGCAACCCCUGCCGAAAUGGAGCCCUUUGCGAGAACACACACGGCUCCUACCACUGUAACUGCAGCCGUGAGUACAGAGGAAGACACUGUGAGGACGUCACCCCAAACCAAUACGUGUCGACCCCCUGGGACAUCGGCCUGGCUGAGGGCAUCGGCAUCGUGGUUUUCAUAACGGGCAUCUUUCUACUGGUGCUGCUGUUCAUCUUCUGCCGCAAGAUGAUUAGUCGAAAGAAGAAACACCAGCCCAAAGCUGAGGACAAACACUUGGGACCCAGCGCAGCUUUCUUGCAAAGACCGUAUUUUGACUCAAAGCUAAAUAAGAACAUGUACUCCGACGUACCACCCCAGGUGCCUGUCCGUCCUAUCUCCUACACUCCAAGCAUUCCAAGCGACUCUAGAAACAACCUUGACCGAAACUCCUUCGAAGGAUCGGCUAUACCCGAGCACCCCGAAUUCAGCACCUUUAACCCCGAGUCUGUGCACGGACACCGGAAGGCCGUGGCCGUCUGCAGCGUGGCCCCAAACCUGCCUCCGCCGCCUCCUUCAAACUCUCCUUCUGACAGUGAUUCAAUCCAGAAGCCGAACUGGGACUUCGACUAUGAUACUAAAGUAGUGGAUCUUGAUCCUUGUCUCUCCAAAAAGCCACUGGAGGAAAAGCCUUCUCAGCCGUACAGUGCCCGGGAGAGCCUGUGUGAAGUGCAGUCCCUGAGCUCCUUCCAGUCGGAGCCGUGUGACGACAACGAGUCUUUUGCUGCUCCUGACCUCAGCAAAUCAAGAGGGUAUCACUGGGAUACAUCAGAUUGGAUGCCAAGUGUUCCUCUGCCAGAUAUACAAGAGUUCCCCAAUUAUGAGGUGAUUGAUGAGCAGACGCCCCUGUACUCAGCAGAUCCAAACGCCAUCGAUACAGACUAUUACCCUGGAGGCUACGACAUUGAGAGUGACUUUCCACCCCCGCCAGAGGACUUCCCCGUGCCUGACGAGCUGCCACCCUUACCUCCAGAAUUCAGUGACCAGUUUGAAUCCAUACACCCUCCCAGAGACAUGCCCGCUGCAGGGAGCCUGGGCUCUUCAUCGAGAAGCCGGCAGAGGUUCAACUUGAAUCAGUAUCUGCCCAAUUUCUAUCCUGCCGAUAUGUCUGAACCUCAGAAAGCAGGCCCUGGUGAGAACAGUGCUCGCAGAGAACCCUACGCCCCUUACCCUCCAGGGUAUCAAAGGAGCUUUGAAGCCUCCACUGUAGAGAACAUGCCCGUGUCCAUGUACGCCUCCACAGCUUCCUGCUCUGACGUGUCUGCGUGCUGUGAAGUCGAGUCUGAGGUCAUGAUGAGUGACUACGAGAGUGGAGAUGAUGGCCACUUCGAAGAGGUGACGAUCCCUCCACUCGAUUCUCAACAGCAUACGGAGGUCUGACGCUCAGACUCCCCGCAAAGUGCCUGAACCGUAAUGAACCUAGAGAUUCUGUCAGUGAUCUCCUGCAUUGAUCUUUGCAGCAGUGCUUAAGCGCUUUUUUCGGUGAGCUGAAACGGGCAUGGCUGCACUGAAUCCCGCACCUUGUGACCUGUUAGCCAUUUCCAGCGUCCUAACCUUCUGUCUUUGGGUGAGGUUUACGUCGGCUGUGCCAUUUCUGAGCAUCUUUUUUGUAUUUACAUUUGUCUGUGUUAAAAUAAUAAAAUGAAAAUCAGUCCUACUAUCUUGUUAGCAUGAUUCAUGUAUUUAUAUAGAUUUGAUUAUUUUAAUUUUCCUGUCUUUUUUUGUAAAUUUUAUGUACAGAUUUGAUUUUUUUCAGUUUCAACUAGAAUUUCAAGAUACUUUGUGCAUUUGUUUUUGACCGAAUUUUGGUGGUGUUAGUGUCAUUACCUAGCACCCUGAUUUUUUAAUAUAACCAGGGUUUCACUCUGUAUCCUUUUCAACUGAAGUAUGAUGUUUCGUUAAUACAUUUCAGUAUAGUCAUUCAUUUCUAUCUGUACAUAGGAUGAGGACAGAUCCCAUACAUGGACAUGUCUUAAAUGGGUUGCUGUAUUUUAGAAUUAUAAAGAUUUUUCAUUAUUGGAAAGUGUAAUGGGGACCUUCUGCAGACUGUUUAGAACCAAAACCACCAUGACACAGUUUUUAUAGUGUCUGUAUAUUUGUGAUGCAAUGGUCUUGUAAAGGUUUUUACUGAAAACUACCAUUAGCCAGUCUUUCUUACUGACAAUAAAUUAUUAAUAAAAUACUUUAGCUUUA